AUGAAGCACUCGAGGAAAAAACGCCAUUCUCAUUCUUCUUCUCUGGAAGACGGGGAAAAAAGUGAAGAGGACAGGGAUCAUAAGCACUCAAAAAGGAUGCACAUGUCUCCUAGUUCACCACAAGAUGAAGAUGAAUAUGAGAGAGAUGACGAGGAUCGUAAACGGUCUAUGAAGAAGCAUCGAUCUCACCAUUCUUCUCGUGAUGCUCAAAGAAGAGAUGUAAACGAUAUUCACAGGAAGAAGAUGAUGAAGAGGAAAGGCACCACAGACCCUCAGGGAAGAGUCACAAUUCACAUUGUUCUUCACAUCAUAGCAUCUUACAUAGAACGAGAUGAGUUGGAGGAAGGUGAGAUCAGCUCCAAAGCUUCAGAUGAUUCUAGAGGAAGUGCUAGCGGCCAUGUUUGUAGAGAAACUCCACUUAAUAUCUCAAUGGCCUAUGGAUUCAAGAAUUCAGACACAAGGACUGAGAGACAUGAGAAGUGUACUCAAGAAUGGAUUCCCUAUAAAAAACCAAAACUUGAUUCUAUAAAUGAUUUUGAUAACCAAGUUGCUCGAGGGAUGGAGAGGGCUCUUGUCACAGUUCGAGUCCGAUCAGAGGCAUCUCUGAUCGCUGAUGGAUGCCAAUGGAGAAAAUACGAACUAAACCCAUUCCCUCGAGCUUAUUACCGCUGCACCAUGGCAAUUGGUUAUCGAGAUCUCAAACAAGUACUCGUUCUCUUUUGA